ACCGAACAUCCAAACCAUCGUGCAAACCCCUAGAUCCCUAGAUUGUGUGCUGCUCUGCCCCAUUGUCCUCUCAACACCGACAUCACGGCGACUGCAGUUCUCUCCUUCCCGCAAUGUCGAUUUCAACUCGACUGGGCGGCCCAGCCUUCAACCACAGUGCGGGCGACGAUGUCGAGGCCGAAUAUGACCGCCUCCGGGAUCUCGCCCGGCAGGAAGCAGCCAAGCGCGGCGAAUGCUUCGACCGGUCCCGGGAUGCCUAUACCAACGGGAAUGGCGCCGAAGCCAAGCGCCUGUCGGACGAGGGCAAGAAGCACGGGGCCAUGGUGGAGAAGUACAACAAGCAGGCCUCGGACUACAUCUUCCGCGAGAACAACAGCCCCGAGCGCGUGCCCGAGGACACGAUAGACCUGCACGGGCAGUUCGUCGAGGAGGGCGAGAGGAUCCUGGAGGCCCGGAUCCGCGACGCCAGGAAUCGGGGGCAAACCCACCUCCACGUCAUCGUCGGCAAGGGGAACCACAGCGCCGGCCGCGUCCAGAAGAUCAAGCCCGGCGUCGAGAAGCUCUGCCGCGAGCUCCGCCUGGACUGCGCGACCGAGGACAACGAGGGCCGCAUAUACAUCGACCUGACGGGCGCCAAGGUCGGCACGCCCCCGCCUCAGUCUGGUGGACACCAUGGGCCAAGCCACGGCCAGAACCAUCACCAGCAGCAGCAAAGCCACCACCAGCCGCAGCAGCAUCACCAGCAACAGCAGCAGCAUGAUGACGACCCUAUUGGAGAUCUGUUUAAAAAGCUACCCUGCUGUAUCGUUAUGUAACGAUAUGAUCCUUUGCGGAUUGCGAAUUUAACGGUUUAUGAAGCGAUUUACACCAUGCGGGAUACGUGAAGAGGCAAAAAGGUUCAAAUACACACAGUAAAAAGCUCACUGCGCAACCUCGAAAGGGUGGGCAGUUUCGAAACCAGCGGCGAGUGGUUUACUUCGAAUGAUGGGCAGAAAAGCUGUACUGCUCAAGCUGGAGGGUGAAACAGUUGCGAAACCCUGCACGUGCCCCGGUGGCUAUAUGUUUACUUCCGACGCCGUCUGUCCGAAAAUCGUGUGCGCAUGAGGGAGGUCGAAUCUGGGCUCUUGGAGCGGCAUCAGGGUGUAGGUGCACUCUGCAACCAUUGCACUAAACUGAAAACGAGAAGUGUGUUAGCAUCUGUUGAUUGUCGAUGGCAAGACGCGGAAGUGGACUUAUAAGGUCUGGGGCACGGCGAGGGCAGGCACAGGCAACCACGCACUCUACGGCAUUAUUUGAUAUCUUGGAUUCUCACCAGGCCACAAUCACCUGUCGUCUAAUGCCCCGUUUGGAGUUUUGCUGCCGCACGUUAAGCACCCCAAAGAUAUCGCGAUUUCCAUCUUGGCAGUGCACUCAUACAACCAAGUCUCAGAUGUGUGCAACCAGAUGCCUAGGUACCUACGCACGUACGUAUAUAAGUCGAUAUCCC